AUGACGGAUUUGGAAUCACUCUCCGAAAAGGCCCCUCUACUCCAGAAAGAAGCCAAGGAAAAGAAGAAAAAGUGCAAAAAGUUUUGUUUAUGUUGUAAGAAGAGGAGGGUCGAUGAGUAUUAUCAACAGCAAAGCGAGCUCAUCGAAGCGUAUCGUAAGGAUGACAAAGAAAUCGCUUCCCCAGACGCUACAGCUAAGAAGGAGGACGAUGAACAAAAAGGGGACAGUGUGCUUUCUCGAGCCGUCCUUCUCAUCAAUAUUCUUCUUUUAUGCUUUAAGAUAAUAGCAACAAUUCUAACCGGUGGCGCCUCGCUGUCCAUCGUUAGUACAUUGCUGGAAAGUGUUGUUGAUAUAACUGGUGGUGCAGUUCUGUGGUAUGCCUCUCACUCUAUUGUGCAUACGGAUUAUCGACUGUAUCCGCGAGGGAGGAGUAAACUGGAGAACCUCAGCAUCGUCAUUAUCGGAAUUGUAAUGGGAAUGGCGAAUUUCUAUAUUAUCUUCGGGUCUGUGCAAUCGGUGCUUGAUCAGGCGACCUCACCGGGCCUUGAUCUCAUCACAUUGGGUCUUAUGGUUGCUACAAUCAUUCUUAAAUUAAUUAUGUGGAUAGUGUGCUAUCGGAGAGGUACCACUUCCAGUAAAGUGCUAGCCAUCGACCAGAGAAACGACGUUCUUACCGUCUCAGUGGCCAUUAUCGGUGCAACAACCUCAAAAUACUGGAAGUAUGCUGAUCCGCUGGCAGCUUCAUUGAUCGCCACCUACGUCGCAUUUUCUUGGAUAAUGGUGGUUUUGGAACAAUUCCCGCGGGUUAGCGGACGGGUUUGCACGCCGGAAGAGUACAGUCGCGUAGCCCGGAUAUGCGUCGAACACUCCCAGCAUAUCAAGGGACUAGAUACCUUGCUGGUUUACCAUACCGGAGAACGACUUCUCGUCGAAGUUCAUGUUGUUGUGGAUCCAGAUUUGACCUGUCGAGUAGUUCAUGAUGAGGUCGUCUCCCCGCUGCAGCAUAAAUUGGAAAAGAUGUCGAUCGUCGAGCGGGCGUUCGUGCAUGCUGAUCACGAAUUUGACGGAUAUGCGCCU